AUGGCCUCUAGUACUACAGAUUCCGAGGAGUAUCAUUCCUCGGGCUCCUAUCAGGAGACCUACACACGCGGAAGCGACGAGACCGACGACACUGAGACACCAGGCCAGAUGCGUGGGCGCAAGCGGCGCGCGAGUGAAAUGGAGGAUGACGGGAGCGAAAAUACAGCCCCAGGAGCUGAAAGAGCAAAUCGUUACCGCGAAGUACAAUCCGAAGCCGAACCUGAAUACGAAUAUGAGAACAAAUCUGCGUACGAAUAUGAAGAUAAAUCUGCGUACGAAUAUGAAGAUAAAUCUGUAUACGAAUAUGAAGACAAAUCUGUAUACGAAUAUGAAGACAAAUCUGUAUACGAAUAUGAAGACAAAUCUGAAGACAAACCCGAAGAGAAAUCUGAAAUGCCACCGGUCGACGCGAAUUUCACUAUCGUGGGCCCUGCGCCGCCCAGGCACAGGAUGGCCACUGCGGGGGACGACGGCGACGUCGUGCUUUUGGAGGACUUUCCGCUGGAAAUGGCUGAUCUCUCCAUCGACUUUAGUAUAAGACCGGGCUCGGCGUGGCAGAGUGUUCGCAGGUUCAAAAAUGCGCCGUUCAGCGAACCUUACAAUGACAGCUACACGGUAGGCGAAUUUGUGUACGUCAAUCGCCACGACCCCGGCCCCCCUGCACCUCCAGCCGAUGCAUCAGAGGACGAGAAAUUACAGUGUGACAAGGACAACUUGUGGGUGGGCUUAAUAGCUGAGUUCAGAGGCGGGGCUUCUAAGGUCCUCGUGCGGCUGUUCUGGCUAUACUGGCCACAUGAACUACCCAUGGGUCGACAGCCAUACCAUGGCAAACGAGAGUUAGUGUUGAGCAAUCAUGUUGACAUCGUCGAGGCCCAUACAAUAUCAGGGCAUGCCGAAGUCAGCCAUUGGGAUGAAGAGGAUGACUCGAACAAGACCGUCCUCCGAGAGAGAUACUGGCGCCAAACCCUUAACAUCACAGCGUCCCCCGCUAAGAUGCUCAGCAAGCUCCGGCAAUUCUGCACCUGCAACGGCUACGACAAUCCCAAGCUGGACACGUACCAGUGCCGGGACUGCAGCAUGUGGAACCACGAAGCUUGCUUGAUCGCCGACCUCGAAAAGAGGGCGUGGGAGAAAUUCAAGAAGGGGUCGUUAUCGCACGAAGUAGAAGUGAUGGAAUCUGAAGGGACAUGGACUGGAAAUAUUAUCGAGACGCGUUCCUGUGGGGUCAAGUCAACAUCGAAGCAAAAGAAGCCGUGGAAAGGCAAACUGGUGGGCAGGAUCUAUCGAGCUCAACAGAUUGAUGAAGAUGAAUACAGGCAUCGUGUGCAUUGA